AUGGAAGGUGUUAUCAUAAUUAGAACUUCGAGUUUCAACAGCGAUAACCUUGACAUUUUUAUAUGUUUAGUGUUUUAUAUUACCCCUUUGGACCCAUCGUCUUUACCAAUAGCUUUAGUUGCUAAUGUCGACUACGUCUGUUUUGCGUCUUCAGCGAGCCCUCAGUUCGUCGACUCGUCGCCAUGGCACGGGGAGGGCCUGUGUCUUGAGUUUCCUCUACGCUUCCUCUUCGCCUCGACCUGUGUCUGUCCGCGGGGUCGAGCUGGCCUCGGUUGUGGCCAGCUUCCGGAGGCGUUUUUUUGCGAGGCGGCACUCGGUCGUGGAGCUCUUGCUGCCUUGGCGCGUUGGCAUUGUCGUCAAACGGCCAGUCUACGAGGGCCUCGUCCGAGCCUCGAUCGUGGUACCGGCGAGGAUGGACGGACAAAUGAGACGACUGUGAAUCGGCGAUCCGGCACAAAUGUGGCGGCAGACGACGAAGACGACGAGGAGCGCUUGGCGGCAGUACUGCUGGAGCAGACAGCCAAACUGACCGCCGUCUCGGCCUCCUUCGAGAGCUCAGUACUUGUAGAUGCCCAUCUGCUGGUGGCCAGCAACCUGGCCUUCUUGCCGGGUCUCCUGUUGGCCGUCCAUCGGCGUCUCUGGCUGCCUGCGCUCGCCUACCUCUACACGGCUGUCUUCUCUUCGGUGCGUCGGAUUUACGUUUUUUAUUUUUAUUUUUAUUUUUCACUUGUUUCGUCCUUCUAUUGUCGGGCUGGGGAGACUUCACUUCUCUCAGUAAUGAUGACUCAGUGA